CACACAAUGUCGCAGACAAUCUCCAAACUCGAGAAAAAGCGAGCCCAAGAUCGAAAUGCGCAGCGCGCCGCUCGACAACGCAACAAGGACCGUCUUGCACUGCUGGAGCUCCAGGUCUCGCAGCUGCAAGGCGGCGUUGACAAGAAGCUUUCGGAUGAGCUCGAGCAAAUGCGCAAAGAGCGCAAUGAGUUGCGCACCAUGGCCGACCAUUUGAUGGCGAUUGCGGGGGAAAUGAAGUCAAAAUUAGGCAGCGCUGCUCCUGUUCAAGCACCGAUACAUGGAGAGAGUGACAAUGUUGGUCUCAUCAGCUACAUCUUCCGCGACUACGAAGCGCUUAGGACGGUUGGAUCUACCCCUUUAUCGCCUCUCAGUGACACGCAUGUUAUACUCAAUGGAAUACUGAAUGGUUGGAACGGUCCUGUUAGUAGGGAGGAAGAACCCAUCCAGCGCCUCAUGGCUCACCUGCAUCGCCGGUUCAUGCUCGAGCGACCCUUGGCAAGACCAAUUGAUCAGCUGGCUCUGCUAUAUCUUGUGCAGAUGUCUUUUUUGUUUCUGCUCGCUCAGCACGGAGGUCGCCAGUCGUGGGUGUCGAUUCCAGGCUGGCUACGUCCAACACCAGCUCAGAUGAACACCCCUCAUAAUAUUUCGAUCGACAUGCUUCCAUGGCCACAGUUACGCGUUCAUUUGCUUUCUACCCAGGUAAAAACUGCUGUAAGCACGAAUACAGAACCAUGUGAGACAUUUGCAGUCAAUGCUCUUCGAAAUCUCCACUUUUCGCCGCAAAUCAACUUCCAAGAUGCGUACGAGAUCGGCCUUGACCGCAGAUUGACUGUUAGUGCGCAGUUUCAGCAGCAUUUUGCUCCAAAUUCCGUGUCAUGUCCGUUUGCUGUCGACUCGGGGUUUCUCAGCGAGUAUCCUGACUUUCGAGGUCUUGUUCCUGAGUUUGACGAUCCAGGGAAGGUGAGUUGCCGGUCUCAUGGUAAACCUAGCAUUCCGCAACUGCAAAGUCUUUCUCCUUUCAGCCAGCCUGGCCUAGUUCUGGGGGCUGGUUCUUUGGAGACAAUAACUGCUUCGGAUGAUGGGAGCUGCUUGUCUCCGGAGGAUACGUUCUUACAUCAACAGCAUCCUCCCCCACUACAUGCCAACCACGCGAUUGGAGAUAACUUCACCAGCGAGCUGAGCGACUAUUGGCAGAGCUCAGUGGACUUACUGGCCGACGGCGAUCCUGGUGCAACGUGGCUUCUG